AGCGUCUUUGUCAGCGGCCAGCUGGACUCGCAAUCAAACCAACGUCGCGAAGGGCUGCGUCGCGGCAGACACUACUUUUAUGGUUUCAAGCCGCGAGCCGUCUGCAGACGGAGCGUUUUUGCUGGCCAGGGCCGUGACCUGAGCAACACGAGCUCCCCGCGAUGGCCCUCAACCUGUGGGAGAGCAAAGUUCUGCAGCUGAUGGCCGCCGGCCUGCUGCUUUUCUACGUGUGGAUGGACGUGGCCCUUUACUACCAAGUGCAGGCUCUCCCAGUUUCGAACGGAAAGGGCUCGGCAACCAGCUCCUCGUCACCCUUCGCCUAUGUGACCAUGAAGGCCCUUUUGCUCGACCACACCACCCACUACGUGCACACCCCGCUGGCGGUUUGGUUCAACUCUGCGACCAACUUUGCCGAGGUGUUCACAUGGAUCACCGCAAAUAUGGUCAGCUUCAGCCAUGUGGUUGUUGCAGUGGUCGGAAUGAAACUGCUCUGGAGCGAUUCACUUUCGACGAGGCAACUUGGUGUCCUAUUAUUUGAGGUUCGUUCGUUCCUGGACGCCUUCGAUGGCACCCUGGCGAGAGCGCGGGCGCACAGCUCGCUAGAGGAGCCUGGAAUCGGUUCUUCGGGCCACCUGAUCGACGGCGCCUGCGACGCCCUCGGCUGCAUCGCCCUUUUCCUCGGCUGCCUAGGCAUUCUGCGUCGCAAACCUCCUCCCCACUACUCAGCCCUGCCAGGGCCCGGGGGCAAGGAGACGCGCGAAACCCUGGCGCAGUCCAACCGCAGGGCCAUCACCAUUGUCGGCUGCGCCGCACUCCAGAUGACGUUGAGUUCCCUAUUCUGGAAUAGGACGCUCAUGGAGUACCACGAUCUCCUCGAAGUUCCUGGGCCUACCUAUUCUACUAGAGUAAUCCAAAACACUGUGUUCAAGUCAUCAGCUUUGUGGAUUACAGUUUGGUUUUGGCGGCUUACCAAUCCGCACGCCAUGAUGGAAUUGAUUUUGAUCAGCAUAUUUCUGGACAAAUUAUGGCAUUUCCUCACGUGGAUUCAGUACAUUGGUUUUGUGAUCCUGCUGGUGCAGGUGUCCAUCACCGAGACGCACCUGCACUACGUCGAGGACCUGAUUCCGGUGGUGAACGCCAGCAUGAUGACCCCCCUGUCAGGGCGAUAGCCCCUCUGAGUUGGCCGACUCAGCGCUGUGAUCUGUACAGUAGUCACUACUUUCCCGCAAAUUUGUUUCCACUCCUCUCAGCGUCCAUGCAACUCCCAGCAACACCUAUCCUCACCUGCUUGGCCCAAAUCCAAGAGGAGAUCUGAUAAUUUACAAAUUUUUUGGCACAGCUAAUGUGUAUAUAAAUAAUUUUUCGAGUAAAUAUUAACCAUACAGAUAACGUUUAAUGACUGUCACCGAAAUUUAAGGGAAAAUUUGCUGUUUUUACAAUCACUGUCAGAAAUUUUAUCGCAAUCCGGCCUGUUAUUGUGGAUCUAUUUAAAAAGAAGAAUAUAUAAUAAUGUAAAAUAAUGGUAAAUUAAUAAUAUUCAGAAACUCUGUACCAUUUAAAAUUGCUGUUUUAAAUGGAUGAUAAUCAAAAAUCUGCUGUUGUCUACCGAUGGAAAUGUUCGGCAAAUAGUUUAAUAUUGAUUGUUUAUUGAGAAUCUCAUGAUCAAAUGUUGCGGAAUUUUUAACUGUCAAAAUCUAAAUUGUUCGGGCAAUAAUCAUCUACUCUCUCAAGAUUUUUGUCCAUAAAUAUGAAUGCAAGUACAAAUUAAUGCUGAUUGAUAUUCAAACCAAUUCUGGUAGUCAUUUUUAGUUAUUUUACAAAGCGUACAUCACCUAGAGCAAUAAAAUCUAGCAACAUUUAAUUGUCGGACAUUGCUUAGAUGCUUAAUUGAUUUGUUUGAAAUCUCGCUGACGGAAAUACACUUUGAAUGAUUGUGCCGCAAAAAUGAAGUAUGACUAAGUGCUCUUAAUAACAGUUGAUGUGAACCGAGGCUAGUUACUUACAGCCCAGCGUCUUGCCUAAUGUGUUGUGACCUUUGUUGGAUGCCAUAUAUAUAUAUAAUAUACAUACUGAACAUUUUAAAAAUCUCUUUCCAGAUUUGGUGCCAAUUUUUCAAAACAAAAAAAUGCCAUCAUUAUCUGAGAAAGCUUGAAAAUUUUAAACAAAUUGUGACAGAAUAAUAAUUUAUUUGCAUGAUGUGUAAAUACUGUUCCUUUUUAUCUCAUUGUCUAGUUGUUUCGGCUUUUUAUUGCUAAAGUUUCUCCGUUGGCAGUUGCAACUGCCGACGCAGGUUCCGAUUCGUCAAACACACUAACAGAUCUGAUUGAUGUUGUAUUUUAUUAAAUCUAUAUACAUCAUGUCGUAUACAAUAAUAACACAACUGCUUUUUUUAGUACCCAACCGCUGCCAUAAAUAAUAACACUGGGGGCACGCAAAUAAAUAGUUUGAAAUGAGCAAAACCCCUGCCGAGCUGUGGGUAUGCAACUGGCGUGGCUCGCGUGUUUUGCCGGUGGCCGACAUCAAUCAAAAGUGACAUGACUGCAACAGAUUGCUGUGUAAUGUCAAUUAAUAACACCAAAAGCAGAGUGACUUUGUAGGUAAAUAUAAAAAUGAAUCGUUGAACCCGGUUGUCUGGAAUAUAAAUAAACAAGCCGCGCUUUUAAAUUAUAAAAUCAAUUUAAUCAAUAAGAAUGAUUAAUUUAAGAAAUAAAUUGUAAAAAUUUUCGAUAAAUUUUAAAAAAUACAUCAGGGAA